AUGGCGAUCGAGAUUGGGAGCGGAACAACGGCGGCCCAAUGGGUGUCUGCGAUCCUGGUGGUGCUCGUUGUUAGCAUCGCCGCCAAGGCGUACCAAAUCUACAACCGUGUCUUCACCAGCCCUCUUCGCGCCUUUGACGGCCCUCCUCUGGUCCACUGGUACCGAGGAUUUGUACCAGCUGGCUAUCUCCAGUACCAGAGCGACGUGAUAGAGAAGGCACACGAAGACUACGGCCCCGUGUGGUUCGGUGUGAGCGUCGGGCGCCGAUGCGCAAUCUCGAUUGGUGAUGACGUCGCGAUCCAGCACAUUACGCGAAACAGCAAGUACAAAAGACCGCGUAACCAGUCGCGCUUAACGUCGAUCUUCUUUGGCGACGGGAUGGUGAAUGCCGAGGGUGUCGAUCAUCGAAGGCAGCGCCAUGUCGCUGAACCGUCGUUCAGCGAUCGGUCCAUCAGCAGAGCCGCACCGCUCAUCUACGGCGUGGGGGAGCGGUUGCUUGCUCGCUGGCAUACCAUGUACCAGCAGCAGCAAAAGCAACAGCAGCAGCAAGAAGGGGAGGACGACCUCGUCAUCAAUGCUCAGCAUGAAUUUGGACUGGCGGCCCUCGAUGUCAUCGGCCUUGCCGGCUUCAACUACCAAUUCCACGCGCUCCAGGACCGCGACAACACCGCCAUGCACGAGGUUUGGAGGACGGUGAUGAAGCUGAGCCUGUCACGGUCUCGCUACGCUGUCGUGCGCGCCAUGUUCCCAUCCAUUCGCCCCUUUGGUGCUCUCUUUGUCAAGGAGGAGCAGAAGUUGCUCGAGUGCCAGCGGAGGAUCAGCAGCCUUGUCGCCAGUCUCAUUGCCGACGCCAAGAGCGAGGCGGCAUCGACAGACGGUCGCGAGGGAGGGCAAACGAUCUUGAGCCGCAUGGUAGAGUCGAAUGCGAGCGGCGCAAAGAAUGCGCUCCUCGAAAAGGACAUCAGCUCCAUGAUUCCCGUCUUUCUGAUCGCCGGACACGAGACGACAGCCUCGGCGCUCGCAUGGGCGUUCUAUGCGCUGAGCCGCGACGAGCGGCACGGUGCGCCCGACGGCUGCGUCGACGGCAGGAGCAAGCAGACACUCUUGCGCCAGGAGCUCGCUGCCGAGGAGAACCAGGGCUGGCAGAGCGACUGGGAGACUCUCGACAGCCUUCCGUACCUCGAUGCCGUCGUCGCCGAGGUCCUCCGGCUGUUCACGCCCACCAGGCUGUCACGCAGGGAGUGCUACAGCGACGACGUCGUGCCCCUCGGUGCCCCUGUCCGGCUGCGAGACGGCAGCCUCACGCGCCACAUUGUCAUGAGCAAGGGCGAUCAGAUCAUUAUUCCGGUGCACUGGCUAAACAAGGCCGAGAUGUACUGGGGUCCGGACGGCCACAAGUUCCAGCCGGAGCGUUGGCUUCCCGAGACACAUGCGCUCUACGAUGGCAAGGGGCUCACGGACCGGAUCAAGACGCGCAAGAUCGGCGCCUGGCGAUCCAUCAUCACCUUUGGCCAGGGCACCCACGUCUGCAUCGGAUAUCGAUUGGCAGUUGCCGAGCUCAAGAUCCUGCUUGCCCAGACGAUCAACGAGUUCGAUGUCAGGCCAAUCGAAAAGACUCCCAGCGACACAGUCGUUGAAAUCACGUCGCGCAGCGUCUUUGUCUCCAGGCCCGAGGUCAAGGGAGGCGACGGCACCUUUGCGAUGCCCUGCUGGGCUACCAAGCAGGAUGUCCUUGAUGCCUCCCUGCGACUCGAUGUAUGCGCGCACAUCGGAAAGCCCCCACGGGCCACGCUGCAGGGCCACAUCCUUGCCCUCGAGCGGCCGGCGGACGUCGACCUCUGUCCGCCUCCUGUCGGUCCACGGCGGCUGUGUGGCGAGAAAGCUGGCAUCCUCGCUGGGGUGCUCGACGCUUGCAGGCAGCUCCCAUCGGAUCCGCUCUUCAUCGACGAAUGGGCGAGCAGACACGGCAUCAAGCUUGCUGUUCUUGAUUAUGGCUGCCGCACGCAGGCCAGGCGUGACUGGCAACGAGUGCGGAAGCAGGGCCUCAAGGGCCGUCUUGAUACGCGGAUGCUUCGACAGCACGCCCGGCUCGAGGCCGUAGAACCAGAUGGCCAGCGUCCCACCUGGUCUCACCAUCCUGUACGCUGCGUCUACGAACCGACUAUCGUCCAGCCAGUGGACUGCCUCGCCGCACGCAACGAGGUCGACCUGACCGACGAGGUCUUCGGCCCACUUGGCCAAGUCCUCGCCCGCGCCAAUGCGCAUCUCGACGCGCUCCUGCCCAAACAGAGGCACGAGAAGCUUGCGCCCGUCGUUGACCUGCAGCUCGUUGAGGUCGCUGCCCACGUAUCGAUGGAAGCGCUGCAGGAGUGGAGGGCCUGCAAUGCCGUUGCCAGCGCCCACGUCAAGCGUGGUGUUCCACUGGCCGCCCUCGCUGCCGUGAGCCGCGUUGGACGGCCCAGCGAGGAGCUGGCUGCUUCGCUCCAAGACAUUCUCAAUCGCCCGCGCCAAGCGAGAAUGCCUUCUCUGCCGACGUGCUGGACAUUGCUGGACCGGGACAUGCAGGCCAUUUGGGCCAGCCUGGGCUUUGACAUGCCGCACCUCAAUUUUGCUGAGCCCAAUGGCUAG